GAAAUCGACGAAGGGUGACGUCAUAUGGCUACGGGGCUUUCAAAGUUUAGUAGAGGGAAGCCGCACCCUGCUGGGAUAGUGGUAUUUUAACUGUUAUUCCAAUUGAUAGGUUUCAAGCAAAAUACUGUUAAUAUUCGAGUUGUAUGACUCCCUGACCGAUUUAAAAUCAUCAGGGACGAUUUAAAAAUGUGAGUACCGCUUUAAUUUUACAUAUAGUCCUGUGGAUCUUUCUGUUGGAACGUUAAGGCGACAGUGUGUGCGUAUCAUCAACGGAAGGGAAGUGGCGAUCCUCGAUUCACUUAUAGUAAACGGGAAUCAAGGUAAAUAGGAAGUACGUGACCGUGUUGCUGCUACGCUGGGAAUGUUUUAAAUUUGGUAUGUAAAAUUAUAUUGUGUGUGGACGUAAGUAAUUGCAGGGAACUGAUCGCAAUAGUAUUCUGUUGCACAAAUCCUCGGGACCGUCAUGGCCGAUUUGUUCCGGAGGCAAACGCUGUCAAAAACGAUUUCUGAAGUUCAUUAAGCUGCCAGAAAAGGCACAAAGUGCUUUGUGAUAACAUCCGUUGUGUUUAAACAUUAUAAUUUGGAUAUUUUGUAGGGAAUAAUGUUUGAGAAUUGUACAUUGACUUGCAAGGGUGCCGUAAUUUCGUAAUCGAAGACCUCUGUUGAGGUGGACUUGUUGGAUGUCGCGUUGAAGUUUAGCACAAGUGCGGGUGAAUUUCUACGUGUUUUGUGUGGUUAGUAGUAUUUGUGUUAACAAUCACCAGUUCUGUGUGUUCUGCAAGUAUGAAUGAAUUAGACAGUCUGCGACAAGAGGCAGAAACAUUAAAAAAUGCCAUUCGAGAUGCAAGAAAAGCUGCAUGUGACACAAGUCUUGUGCAGGCUACCAACAACAUGGAGCCUAUUGGACGAAUACAGAUGCGCACAAGGAGGACACUCAGGGGUCACCUGGCAAAAAUAUAUGCCAUGCACUGGGGUUCUGACUCAAGGAACCUAGUGUCAGCAUCGCAGGACGGCAAGCUUAUAGUGUGGGAUAGUUAUACGACCAACAAAGUUCAUGCCAUUCCUCUGCGUUCGAGCUGGGUAAUGACCUGUGCCUAUGCUCCAUCGGGAAGCUAUGUGGCAUGCGGAGGCCUCGAUAACAUUUGUUCAAUAUACAGCCUGAAAACAAGGGAAGGAAAUGUUCGAGUAAGCCGAGAGCUGCCAGGCCACACUGGCUACCUGUCCUGUUGCCGUUUCCUGGAUGAUAAUCAGAUUGUUACAAGUUCAGGAGACAUGUCAUGUGCUUUGUGGGACAUAGAGACCGGGCAGCAGUGUACCUCCUUCAUUGGACAUACUGGUGAUGUGAUGUCCCUGUCCCUGUCACCCGACAUGCGCACGUUCGUUUCUGGAGCGUGUGAUGCUUCUGCUAAGUUAUGGGACAUCAGGGAGGGGUCUUGCAAACAGACAUUCCCUGGCCAUGAGUCGGACAUCAAUGCAGUUACUUUUUUCCCCAAUGGGUUUGCAUUUGCUACUGGAAGUGAUGAUGCUACCUGCCGCCUGUUUGAUAUUAGAGCUGACCAAGAGUUAGCUAUGUACUCUCAUGACAACAUUAUCUGUGGCAUCACAUCAGUUGCAUUUUCUAAAUCUGGUCGCUUGUUGUUGGCUGGUUAUGAUGAUUUUAACUGCAAUGUGUGGGACUCAAUGAAGACGGAACGCAUUUUGGCUGGUCAUGACAACAGAGUGAGUUGUUUGGGCGUCACAGAAGAUGGUAUGGCUGUAGCAACUGGCUCGUGGGACAGUUUCCUUCGAAUCUGGAAUUAACCAUGAUAAACAAGAUAUAAUACCAGAAACCCAACCAAAAAUCACCAAGCAGUGUCGAAUACAUCAGUUUUUUUUCUUCUUUUUUUAAAUCUUUUUUUAUUUUAUCGACACUGAUUAAGUAUGGGAGAAACUGUCUUUGCAAGAAAAGAACAAAAUGGAAGGGAGUUAUCUUCAAUGUAUCCCUGUGCCGAGAUGGAUAGAAUUUACACAUGCGUUUUUUUAUUACAUUUUUGUUUUGACUGUAGUCUUUGUGAAUGUGUGUGUAUGUGUGUGUGUGUGCAUGCGCGCAUGUGUGGCAGGUGAUCAGGAUAGAGAAUGCAUGCAUGUCAUUUAUACAAAUGGAAUAAUAUAAAAGAUAAUUUUAGGAAUAUGGUAUAAUUUAAAAUGGGAAAAUGUGAAGGUAUCUGGGCUUGCAAUCACUUAUAUGUAAUACUGUUAGCAGAGUAUCUUGAAAUAAGAAUUCGACUGUAUGGUUUCUCUGCAUUGAUAUUGAACGUGAUAUAGGAAUGGUAUAAUUUCACUAAGUGAAUUUGUCAUACUCAAGGCUGACUUUUAUGUAUUGCUUGAGUAGGCCCAUUUGAUAUGUACAUGGAACAAGUGUGGUUAUGUUCACAAUGAAAUCAAGAACCAGGGACUCGAACCGCACAAAUUGAAACCAAAGAAAGCAAGCAGAACAUGCCACAUACAUAUAUACUGAGCCUGUUGAAGUAAUAUCUGCUGUUCUAGUGAAGAUUUUCAAUUCUCAUUUAUAUGCCUAAUUACUCCCUCCCCAUUCAACAUGUUAGAAGAGCUUGAAUUGAUUUCAUCUGUACAAAUGACUAAAAUGCCUCAUUAGAAUGUGUUUAUUAUUUUUUUUUAUAUAUACAUAUAUAUAAAUAUAUAAAUGUGUGUAUUCAUGAAUGAAUUGUGUGUUGCUGUGUAUUUCAUGAUGCAACAGAUAAUACUCUGUUAGCAGCAAAAGCAAGUAGUUUAUCGAGUAUUGUUUUCCGUAAAGAGCUAUCUUGUCGAUUGGUAAAAUACACAUGCCAAUUUUCUAGUUGUGGACAUGUACAGUUGUGUAAAAUUAAAAAUAUAUAUUUAAGAAUAUUGCUUCGGUCAGCACUUAACUUGAUACAGACUCAGUGAAACAUGUUAUUGUAUAAUCAGUAGUAGUAGUUUUUUGUAUCCAUGUGAUAAUUUUCUGUCAGUAACAGGUAUUUGACCUUCUCUUUGGUAGCCUCCAAACAAUUAAAAUUCUGGAGCCAUGUUCCAAAAUGUAGUUGAACUAUGAGGUCCAUGUAUGAUAUGUACAUACGGCAGGUUUUGGUCUGGAGCUGGCUUCCUCUCCCUCCCCUGCAUUGUUCCGAACUGAAGUUUGGAUAUUUUAAAUCACCUGUCAUAAAAUUAAAAAUUUAAAAAAAAUCACGAUGUUUAUGCUCAAAUUGUCUUAACAUUGUGAUCAUAUACAUUUGUGUGAGUUAAUUGGUCCAGUGAUGAUGUGUGUGGUAGUUUCGUGAUUAGUGUGCUUAGUCCUUAACCUGUGUUUCGCAAGAUUGAAUUUUUAUUGAAAUCUGUGAAUUUCAUGUGGUGUUUAAACUUUGUUUCUGCCCAAAAUGAUGGUGUCUUGAAAUUAGGCAACUUUUUGUUCCCUGUUGAGCUUCAAUUUUUAGGGAACAGUUUGUGCGUUAAUGAUUAAAGCUAUAUUUCCAACAAAUUUACUGUAGUGAGAUUCAAUGAAACAUUUAAAAUUUUGUUUCUCAAUUAAAUGUGUUCUAUAUUCAGAACAGUUUUUAAUGUUUGACGCAUGGAUUUCGUUAGAAAGUUUAAAAAAAAGAAAUUAUCCUAGGUUCGAGUCCCUGGAUGGUUGUAGUUAUUUUACCCAACUCAGCUGUUUGAGUAUUGAUGAGUCUUUUCUUCUGGCAUUGUCUGACUUGUUUUUGGUUGAGUGAUGUUCUUGGGAAAUUCAGAAGCUGUGGCAGUGUAUGUGGCUCCAUGGAUCAUCCUGUUUGACCCAUGAAAGCUGGGAGUUGAGCUAUUGUGGAAGGAACAACGCAUGUUCUUGUAGUUGUGAAUCAGACUUUCUACAAUUGAAAUGCUGAAAUUGUAAUAAUAGAAAUAAUUACAUUUCUUAGUGCUGUAGUUAAUUCUGAAAUAUGCUUUUUUCAUUGCAUGUGAUUAUUUUGACUCUGCUGACAUAAUGCAAGUAGGUGCUUGCUUGCCUUACUCCCAAGAGCUUUUUCAAUGCUGCUUGCUUUAGAUAGCAUAUUCAGUACUUUCUCUACCAAUUCCAUGAACUGGCAGGAAUUGUUUCUUCUCAGCUGGUUCAGUGAAUGCUCUUCCAAGGAAUCUACUUUAUUUUCGGGGGAAAUUUUAAAUGGCCUCUUAUUCAAAAACUUUUCUCAGCAUUUGAACAAUUCUUUGAUUGGAUUGUUAACAAGGCACCAUCUAGUAACCAUAGGUAGACUGCUCCUGUUGAAAACGGUGGUUGAAGCAUUAUUAAUAAUGUAGCAGCUAUUGAAACUGUCAAAGAGAAUUGCUAUUUUGUUUCAUUCUGCUUAAAAGCUUUCUUGUAGGGGCAUGAAACUGUGAUUAUAUGAUAGAAUUAGAACUAAGGAAAAUUGCAAACUUUAUCAGAACAUGUUAAUCUAAAGAACGUUUCAUAUUAUGCAUUGUGUACCUUCGAACAUGUCUCUAUGGAUUCUGUUUGGUGUACAGAGGUGGAAUUCUGUGUUGCCUGUGGAUUGGAGGCUUGGAAUUGUUUUGCAAAGACAGUGGGCAACUUUCACUCUUGAUAAUGACUGACAGUACAUGCACACACAAUUGAAAAUUAGGGUACUGGACCAGCUUUUUAUGUUGAAAUAAUUGCUAGGAGGCUGUUCUAACAGUUUAGUUUUGCACUCUGUGCUUCAAAAUAUUUUGUGACAAAGCAUUUUGCUUGUAGGGGAGUCUUCAUUUAAUUGAAAAGAGGAGCAGCAUUUUGUGUGGAGGCCAUUAGCACAGAAAAUUGAGUGCUUUGAUCUGGACAUUCGCACAAAACACUUCAUUUAUUCUUUUGAAAACUGUUAGACGUUUAAAGGUGGUGUUGAAUAAAUUUCAUCAAUGGUGGGAUUUGACCCCAAUGUCUUAAAAAGUCCAGCUAGCAAACACAACACUGCCAUUGCGGUACAAUUUCACCAGAGAUGAUUUUGUAAAAGUUUAACAGCCUGUCAUUUAAAAAGGGAAAGGGAGGAGGGGAAAAGUCAAAAAAUUAAGGAUGGAAGCAUGUUGCAGGUAAUUGGGAGAGGAGGAAUGGUAUGAAUGUUCGAACUGUAAGCUUCAGUAUGGAAGUGGCAUUUUAUUAAAACAAAUGCUAAGCUUGUGUCAGUGCUGUAAUUAAUCAUUAAUCUUUGAACUGUUUCAAUACCAGAUAAAAAUGCUGCAAGUGCAAACUACCUAGUGUAGUAUAUGUUAUGGAGUAUUCAUGGAAUUCAGUUACAGGCCUUGAAACCACAUAUAAUUGAAUUAUAGGACAUGUAUUCUUUAAAUUUCAUUUGUUUCCUUGUUAUUACUAAUAUGUAGUGUUGUAAUUGUUUGCACUCUAGUCAGUGGGUUUGUAUUAGGGAAAUUUUCUGCCAAAACUUCUGGAGUGUGUAGUUGUGCUAAUGUUUCCAUACGUAUUGGAACAUAUUACGAAAUGGAGUGCUAAUACCUCAGAGGAUUUUAGUGUGACAUGUUGAUUCAUGUGGGUGGAUGAGAUGUGCCCAAGCAGUAUCAUUUUUCUAUUAUUCCUCCUUUUCUUAUGUUAUCUACGUAUGAUGCUUUACUCCUCUAGUUUAUAUAAAUACGCUGAUUAUUAAUGUUCCAAAUGAAUUAUUUGAUAUUUAUGUAUUGUAUAUAUAAUUUGUAAUUGUACAUAUACAUGUCAUUAAAACUGAAAUGUGUUUAAAAUAAAACAUUGUAUUAUUCUCUAAGUGUUCAUAAAUGAUUAGUGCAAAAUUUUAUUAGUAUUGUUCAUUUUACUUGUGUAUAUGGUGGAAAAAAAUAAUAUUAAAAAGGGACAAGCUGGCGUUUUUUAUUUGUGUGAUAGUUUUCUCCUGACAAGAUAACACUGCCAAUGCUGUUUCCUAUUCUCUAAGUAAAUGAGGUUGAUAACCAAAUACAGGGUUAUUUCCCUGUCAUACAGUUUCUUUCAUUUAUAAGUUUGAUAAAAUAGAACUUACUAGAUAAAUGUGCACAUUAUAUAGAUACAGAAGCUUAGGUACUUGGUGUGAAAUAUGUAUUUACAAGAGGUGUGCUAUUGUGCUCUAAUUGUUUAUGAACUCUGCGAACUAAAAAUUAAAAGUUGUUAAGCUACUGACCCAGAACUGAAUUAUUCUAUCUACAAACUUUGAAAUACAGAUGCAAGAUUUUUAUGGGAUGUCCUCUUAGAAAGUGGAUGAGUGCAUUCAGAAAUACCCUAGAACUCAUAAGAAUUUUUCCCUUUUAAUGUGUGUUAAAUUUGGUUUAAAGGCAGAAAAUCUUAAAUCUGGAAAUAAAAGCUUGCACCUGCCUUUGUACCUCUUCAAAGUCUUAGAAAGUUCUAUUCUGUGACAUGUAUUUGUACAUGAAAUAUUUUAGAGUUCAGGAAUUGCUGAUGUAUUUUUUUAGUGUACUUCUAUAGCCGAAUAUUUAUAGUGAAUGCAUCUGAUUUAUAAGCAUAUGACCCAUUCUUCUUAUACAGUAAUGGAUUUGCUUUGUUUUUGUAUAUUGCAUUAAAUGUUCUGUAGGGUUUGUUUCAAGUGUGUGCGUGCGUGUGUGUGUGAUGCAUUAUAGGGACCACAUGAGAAACUAAUAGAUCCAGUGACACUACAUUAAUUGAGCUUGCGUGCUCCACUCAUUCACAUAGCCCUUCUGUUACUUUGUAAUUGAUUUUUCUUUUAAUUUAUGUAUGUCACCUGCUGGCUGCCAUGCUUCAUUGAAAACAUGGCUACACUUUUCCUAAAGCAGUUAAAUACUGCAGAUGUGGCUGACUUGCUAAUAGACAAUGACAAAAAGCUAAAUCAGAUUAUGUUGUGCAAUGAACAUUUGCAAUAUCCUUACUGUAAGAAAGUAUAUAUAACAAAAAUUUUUAAAAAUUAUUUAUGUUUAUUUUGUAUCCAUAUCCCCAAAUCGAUAUUUGUGUUUAAAUUCUUGAAAAGAAAUAUAAAGUGUGCAAGUUGAACAGUAGAUAUCUUGAUUUGCUUAGAUAAACCCCCUUGUAAUAGUAUGCUGUGUAUAGUGGAGUGCAAUGUAAUGAGCAUCAUUUGUGAUGUAAAAAUUAAUAUGAUUGCAUUAACUUGUUUGUUGUGUCACCUUGUUAAUAUAACAUAGAAAUUGAGAGAACCUAGAAUGUGCAAGCUUACCUGCAUUAGCAAAAUUUCUAUUUCUCAUGUCCUGAAACUUGAACCUAUAUGGAAUUCAAUCAUUGUAUGUUUAAAGAAGUAAUGAUGCAAAAGUGGUAGUGGACAGUUCUUCAGAAAAUUGUUAUGAAUCAAAGCUGCUCCAUGUCCCUUAUCUCCAAAAAUCAUAGAAUUAUAUGUUUGAUUAAAUAUUCAUUUAAAAUAUGUUGUCAGCCAUUGUCUUUAAACUGGAGUGUGUAGCUUGUAUUCAAGCGCAUAACAAUUUUGUGUGUAAGAUGUAUUACCUUGUGUGGAAGGGUAGCAAUUAGAGUGGAUGUAUGCAUGCUUGAACAUGUAUCAUUUUCAUUAAAUAUGGGGGGAAGUAAAGUAUGCAGUUGACAUAAAAAACUGAAUUUUGAGAACUUUGUAUGAUUCAUACUUUAGGGAAUAUAAAGUAUUCUUGACCAUGCAUCUGUAUCUGAUAUGUGUGUGUAAUGAAAGAGAACUGAUUACUUACUAGCUUUAUAUCCUGCUGUUACCAUCACUUAAAUCAUGUCAAAAACUAUUGGUGGCUUACAAUGUGAUUAAGUAUCCUCAUUAAUAUGAUAUAAACCCAGUUGUUUGUUGAAUAUUUAUUGGCCUGUCAGAAGGAAUUGUGCUUGCAUUUAAUUUCCAAAAUAUCUAGAGAAUUUGUGGCCAUGUGGUGUAUUAAGCUAAGACAGUACAUCAGUGUUUAUGUUAUAUUGCAGUAUUGAUAAUAUUAAAAAUAAUAAAAAUUAUUUUACUUGGAAGUAUCUAGUGAUUAACCAUAGGAAGUGGAAACAAUAUGUAUUCUGUUGGCACAGUGAGUGUCUUGUAACUUUGACAUAUAAAGAGGCUAAAGUAUUCUGUGGUUGUGAACGUAGAUAGAGAAGGAAUUGUCAGUUUAACACUGAAGUGCCCAUGUAUCUGAAAUUAAAUUAUACAUGACAUUUUGAUCUUUGGGUGUUUUUUAGCCAAAAAUGAAAUCAAUGCAGAAUUAAAAAUCCAUCAUUGAAUGUGACAUCUUGAAGGUGUCUAUUGCAGCCUAUGGGCUGCUAAGGCACUGUGCAUUCUGGAUUCUCUUUUUGAAUAUUCCCAUCAGGCAGUGCUCUUUGGCAGUAUUUUCAUAGGAACUCUGGAAUUCUAUGGACCAUGCAGAGAAGUCCCUUGAGAAUACCAUAAAUUUAUAGUUUAUUGUAUUUACAAUAGUUUCUAUUGGGAGUUUAUAUCAAAGAAAAAAGAGUACAUUGGAUAGCUUUUGUAAACAAACUCCAAUUCAAUGAACUGCAUUGACUUUACACAUCACAUGGAAUUAAAUGUAUAUUCCAGUUAGGACAAAAAUAAUAUGUACUGUUCUAGAAAGAAACUAAGCUAGAAUCUUUUUAAACUUUUGAUAUUUUCACAGCUCAGCAACUCUUUUGGAUUUGUUGUGUGUAUCUUGUCCCUCUUUUGGGAUGGAGGGUGGGGAACAGUUUUCAGAGUAAUUACACAUAUUUACUUCAUUGUGUGUUAAAGUUAGAACUGAGCUGAGAGUAAUAAAUAUUGCAAGUACACACCAGCCGGCAUAUUCAAAACUUUUUUUUUUCCUUAUAAUAUGUUCACUUGUACAUGUUCUGUUACUCCUGUUGCCUCUUCAAUGUUACAGCAGAGGCUGAGAAGAUAUUCAGUGCCUCUUAGAGUUAUCAUGGUUCUUGUCUAGAACAGCCAUACAACCAGGAAGUUCACCAUCAUUGUUAAAAUUUCUGGUUACUAAGGGCUCAGGGCUGUUCUAAGCAAACUAUUUUCACUUGCAAGAGGGAAAAUGUAAUUGAAUAUCUUACUAAAUUGAUUUUCAAAUGCACAGUCAAGCAGUGAGAGGAAUGUUUUCAUUAUAAUACGUCAAUUUUAAUUAAAAUUGUAUGUCGGGAACUUAAUUUCCUCUAUUGUCAUUUGAUUAUUAUGUACAUUUUCUAAUUUACUUGAUUCUGCUGCCCAUUCAUUGCAUUUAUAGGGCAUAAUGAUGUCAUAUGUCAAGACUUUCCUUGUGCAUGUUGUAUGAGCUAUGAAAGCCUUGGUAGCUUUUUACUUUUCAUGCACCAUUGCGCAGCUUGUGAAAGUCUCCCGGAAUGAAGGAAGAGCUGUUAUUUUUCUGAAAAGUGUUUCCACUCCUGUGUACCCAAGGCUCUGUCCCUCCAUUCCAGGAUCAAAGCAUGAGACAAGGCUACCAAAGCUAAAUCCAUUCUCUUAAUAGAAUAUAUCAUGAAAUUAUGUUGCUUGUUAAAAUUUAUUUACAGAAGACUUUUAAUACUGCUGCUUUUAUAAAGCAAGAUUACAUGUCGGUGGGGGAGAUAUGCAUAUUGUAGUAGAAACAUUUCUUUCAUAUUAUUUGAAUCUUAAGCAAAGGAAAAAAACGAUGCUGCUGUAGCUUAAAAUUAUAUCGAAGUUGUGUUUUGUGAUUUGUCUUGUAAAGUAAAAUAUCUCACUUGUCCAAUAAAGAUCUUUGUCUUUA